AUGAGCUCGUCGACCGCCGCCCUUGGUGCACCGUUUGGACAAGUCCUGCGCAUUCUCGUCCGCCAUGAAUGGGUGCAGGUGGAUGUAGUGGACGUCGUUGCUCGCGUCAAUAAGACCUUGCGAGCAGUCGUAAAGCGUCAAAAACUAUGGAAACUUGCAGUACGGAUCAGUGGGUUCCCUGCUAAGCGAAGAAUAAGCUAUUGGCUGCGGGCUGGUGACGUGAAGACCCUGAUGAAGAAGUCACAGAAACAACUGAGCAGCAAAGAGCUGUAUAUGAAGCUCGCUGGCAUUGACAAUUUAGAUGACAAGGCGACACUAGAGAUGACAGGAGUCGAAGGCGAAAUUAGCCGCGACAUCGAGCGCACUUUUCCUGCUAACUCCUUCUUCUCUGGAGAAGGCGACGGGCGGCGUUUGCUUGGAAAUGUACUCAAGGCAACCGCUGCGUAUGAAAGUGGUGUCGGAUAUUGCCAGGGGAUGAAUUAUGUUGUUGCUGCGCUCCUUUUCGUGGCAAAAAGUGCGGAGGAGGCUUCGGACCUGUAUUUGAAUGGACACCAAAUCUCAGAACAAGAAGUGGCAUUUUGGCUGACAAUCUCAUUGAUACGACGCAAGGGUAUGGCAGACAUGUGGAAACACGAAAUGCCGGGACUACCCCAGUGCUUUUACGUUUUUCAGAGACUUCUCAAGAAGCACUUCUACGAUUUGUCGGUGCAUUUCCAGCAAAUUGGAAUGCAUUCCAGCAUCUUCGUCACGCAGUGGUUUGUGACACUUUUUGCCCGGGUGCUACCAGUCCAUGUUCUUGUUCGUGUUUGGGAUGUCAUUUUAGUAGACGGAUGGAAAACUGUGUACCGUGUCGCUAUCGCCAUCAUUGCGGAGUUGCAACCAAUUCUUCUCACAAUGGAUCUGGACCAAUGCAGCAAUUUCUUUCGCAGGAGCCCUGCCCUAGGACUUGAAGAGUCGUUUAGCGCUACGCUAUUGGUGCAGCAGGCUCUCGAUUACAAAGUGACGCGCUCAAGUCUUAAGCAAUUGGAAGAAGAGCGACACCUUGAAUAUCUCCGCCUGCGGCUGCAGCAAGCGCCGCUUUCAGACGAGCAUCGUGUUUUUUUUCCUCUGCUCAGGCACGAGACCGAUGCCGUUACUGAGCAAGAGCCUCUUGAUUUGAUCCGCUUCACAUUACAGCGCUUCGACAAGGACGUGGCAAGCGACACAGUGGUUUUGCAACAUAAGAUCGAGGCAGCCGAGAGAGCAUACGCCCAAGCAAUGUCGACUAGCUGUGCCAUUUCACAUGAGUACUCCGUGGCUACAAGUGAGCUGAAUGAGUGUAUCGAGGUAAAAAAUCGUUUGCUGCUGAAGUUUCGAAAGCUAAUGACAACUGCGAUACGAGAGGCUACUUCAUCAUCUACUGGCUCUUCCAGAUCAAGGCCUACAACGUGGAUUAAGCCGUUGGACUUCAUCAAUCGAAGAAUGGCGCAUUGCUUGGAGCGUCUACCCGUUCUUCUGAACUCUGCGGAUGCCGGGGGCAAGCUUCAGAGCUUCACUAUUGAUGACGAAGAGGACGAGGAGGUACAUCAGAAUUUGAAGCAUCUUGACAUCCUGGUCCCACAGUUGGCAGCAGAGUUGCGCUUAGUGCAGCGCGCGCUGGCCCAUAACCAGCAACUGUUACGCCCGCUGGUGCAACGGACCCGGCGCUUACAGAGUAGCGUCCAAUUUGCGCGUGUCGAAGUCGAGGAAGCGCACCUGUUCAAAGACCGAUUGACCGACCAGUUGCUGCACAUUAUAUCGACCAGCGAGCAGAUAAGGAACGAACGAAUGCAGCAGCUUUUUGCUGAAGUUGAUCGUGACUGA